AAAAAGAAGAAAAAAUGAGGUUAUGUAAACCGCCAAUUUCAUAAUCCUAAUAUUUUCAAACAUCCCACAAUGAUUAACCACUCCAAUAAUAAGUUCGCAACGAUAAAAUACACAAAAUCUUUAUCUUAUCAGUACAAUGAGUGAUUAGGAAGCUUACAAGUAACCUCGUAUGUACACUGACGCUCCUACAGUAUUGUUAUCAAUGCAUCUAUGGAAGUAAACACGGAACCAAUCAACUCGAAAAUGCACAGUAAAUCCGGAUUUUACGCCGGCUUGGCGUUAGCGUUGAGCUCGUCCCUUUUCAUCGGCUCCAGUUUCAUAAUAAAGAAGAUUUCCUUGAUUCGAUUGAGCAAAAGAGGCGGAGUACGAGCCGGCGCCGGAGGCUUCGGUUACCUCUUCGAUUGGAUGUGGUGGUUAGGACUCAUAACAAUGGGAAUAGGAGAACUGGCCAAUUUUGCAGCCUACGCUUUCGCACCGGCUUCGCUAGUAACACCUUUGGGCGCCCUAAGCGUGCUCGUUUCGGCUGUAUUAGCUACUAAUUUUUUAAACGAAAAAUUAAACCUACUCGGGAAGUUAGGAUGCAUUUUAUGUUUGAUCGGAUCGAUCGUGAUGGUGAUACAUUCCCCAAAAGAAGAGCAAGUGUUGACCGUUUCGGAGCUUCUGAAGCAAGUACAAAACGUGGCGUUCGUUAACUACUUAAUUUCCGUGCUGAUUUUGGUUGUUUUAAUUUUGAUUUUCGUGGGUCCUCGAUAUGGCACCCAGUACGUGGUAAUAUACUUGUUGUUGUGCUCUUCGAUCGGUAGCAUAACCGUUAUGGCUUGUAAAGCGUUGGGAUUGUCUCUGAAAGAAAAUUCAGCUCUACCGAAAGCCGAACAAUAUCUGAUAUUACCGACAGUUCUCUUCGUUAUAGUAGUCUUCUGUAUCUGCGUUCAAAUGAACUACUUGAACAAAGCGUUGGAUUUGUUCAACACCACAGUAGUCACUCCGAUCUACUACGUUCUAUUCACUAGUUUAGUUAUAAUAGCCUCUUCGAUUCUGUUUGAAGAGUGGAUGCGAAUGAGUACGACGGACAUCUUGGGAGCUUUUUGCGGAUUUUCCGUGAUGGUCAUCGCGAUAUUUUUGUUGCAAUUUUACAAAGACGUGUCUCCGAUCAUCCAUCAACGACGAUUAAGCGGAUCUCACAUCAACUUUAUACCGAGAUCUGUUUAAGUUCUAGAUAGAGUAGAUGCCACUUACGAUGUUGCCAAAAUGAAAAUCGUUAGAUUUAGUGAAAUCUCGCUACGACUUGCAAACACUGUAAGAGUAUUAUCCAAUAGUUUGGGCAUUCUUGUUCAAGUAGAAUUGGUAGAUUAAUAAGGAGUAUAUUUAUUUUUCAACAAAGAAAAAGUUUGAUAGACUUGAAUUGU